CCCCGCUCUCCUCCUGUGGCCGUCGUUCCGGCUCUUCUGGCCAGCUCUUACUCGAGCACUCCAAACGUGCUGUUUCUUCCAGCUCCUCGUAGCACCCCAUUAUCACUGCUGCCUUGCCAGCCCUGUUCCGGGGUCACGCCUGAUCUCUGCUUGUCCCCAGCUCCGCGCUGUGCAGCCUCACGCAUCCCCUUCCCCCGUUGCACAGAAGGUCCCUUUUGAUUCCUCCUGGAACAUCUGUCCUGCUGCUGUGCUUGGGGGCAGAACCUUCCUCCUCCCCUUCUUUCAGUUUAGCCUAAGAUGGUGAAAUCCCCGCAGAUUGUUUGUUCCCCUAUUUCCUUUAUGUUGCAUUUCUCUCCAAGCAUCGAAAGACUCCUCCCCUUCCUGCUCCAAGCCACCUCGUUCUCUUUGGGUAUGACCCUGCUCUCUGCCUCGGCGUCUGCCCGUCUCCCCCAUCGCUGCUGAGGAUUUCUCCUGUCUCACAGCGUGUGUUUUUAGCAGGUUUCCCCUCUUCCCCUGACCUCUGAUUUCCGUACACUGUUUGCUCACUUGUGCCCUCGUACGUGCAGAUGGGUCCGUCGCUUUCUCUUUGGCACAGCAGCUGCCUUGCCCCCGUUUCUCCCGUGUGCCUGGCCCCUUUUUCCUCCUCCUCCUCGGAUCGCCACCGGCACGUUCGGGCUGCAGCGAGGACACCCGGCAGCAGCUGCGCUCGGAGGAGCCGCUCACAGCCGCGGCCGCCGGGUCCCUGUGUGCCUCCUCUCAUGGCACAAGCUGCUGCUUGUCCCGUGCAGAGCUGGUGUCGCCAGGAGUUUGUCAGGGAAGAGACAACCGGCAGAGAUUGGGGAUCACGUGCUGCUUCCAGCUAAUUCCCACUCCCACCGCUGCACCGGGAGCGUUGCCGUGGCUCUGUGCCUGCUUUACCUUCAGGGUUUAGUAUUUCCCUGAACAUCCUUGACAGCAUCUCUCGCCCUUUUGCAGUCGGUCCUGCUUGGUUUGGCCGAGUCCACUUGUUAGCACAGGAGAUGCUGCCUUCCCCCUGUGCCUUUUCCCUGGAGCAGGAGAGCUUCUCAAUGCUCCAGCACCCAGCGCUGCACGAUUGGCUGCAACGCUCUCCCCUGAAAGCUCCACCCAGACGACACUGCCUCAUGGAUGCUCCUGAAUCUCUGGAUUCCCCCACGUUUUCCACCCAUAACUCCAAAGAAAACCAGCACCUUCCUCACAGAAGGAGGGGAUAAACCCUUGGCAGCACCACUCCGCUCCCUCCAUGAGCCCUGAGCUGAGGAGAGACCCUCCUUGUUUGAGGCUUUGCUCCUAGGACCUGCCAUGGGCUGCUUUAGGAGAGUCCUGUGCAGCCUUGAAGUUUCAGUGCUGUAAAAGACCAUCACCUUGUACAGCUCUGCUUGGUGUCUUCUGGUGCUGGAGGUUCCUCUGGAGGAGAAGAAAAGGGGGGGGAACAUUUCAAAGGAUGCAUGAGUGUGCAAAGACACUUGUGUGAAACUCUGUGCUUCUUGGCAAGAACACUGUUUAAUGAAGGAUGAGUGGACAGUGGAUUCUGUCCAAGGGAGCUGCUGAUUCCUCCUAGCCCUCUUCCAGAGCUAUGGUGUGCUGGGGUGUUGUUCCCCAUCUGCCUGGCAGCAAAGCUGGGGAUGAGUUUUCUGAAAGUGUGGUUGAAUCAAUCAUCCCGAGGAGAGUUCCCAACCCUCCGUUUCCCUUUUGCAGGCAGAGUGGUCCCUGGAGCCCCAGCAGGUCCUGGAGGGUGAGGAGCAGCUGUCAUGAUCUCUACAGCACCUCUGUACAGCGGGGUGCACAACUGGACCAGCACAGAGCGGAUUCGCAUGUGUGGCCUCAACGAGGAGAGGUGAGGAGAGCCCCCAUUUCUGAUGAGGAGUCAAAAACGAGCAGCUCCCAGCACUUGGGGUCUCAGGAGUUUUGUGUCAGCAGCAGCCUUUCCGAGGUGGAGCUCACAGCAGUCAGCGGUGGUGGCAGCAGUGCCCAGGGACUGGAUGCUGAUGGCAAGGUGGAGGAAAAGCUUGGAGCCAAACUGGAGGAGCAGCCACCUGAUCCCAACCCAAACCUGGAGUGUGCAGGAAAGACUGUGACAGAUGACGCCCUGGGCCCUCUGGCAGGACAGGGGGAUGGCAGAGGGCAGGAGCCAGCGACCCCCAGAGCCGUGGAGCAGGAGAGCAGUGGUGCUGAUGCUGCCUGGACACCAGCAGAUCCUCCCAGCGACAAGCAGGCUGAUGCUGCCCCAGCCUGCUCCGUGGCUCCCGAGACUGAGCCUGCUGGGAAUGAGAAAGCCCCCCCGAGCACUGCAGCACAAGGGCCAGGCGUGCUGGCAGAGGGGACAUUGUCUGUGGUCGUCUCCAGCUGCAACACCUCUGCCUCCACUCCCGCCACCUUCACAUUGAACAGGGUUUGCUUUCCCCCCUCUCAGGCCCCUGCUAUGCAAAAGCUGCCCCUGUCCUUCCAGGCUGGGGCUGUGCUGAGCCCGAGCCAGUCUCUGGUGUACAUCCCCCCUCCCAGCUGUGGGCAGCCGCUCAGCGUGGCCACGCUCCCGGCCGCCCUGGGGGUCUCCUCCACACUCACCCUCCCCGUCCUGCCUUCCUACCUGCACGAGCGUUGCCUACCAGGCAUUAUCGCUUCCCCAGAGCUGCGUUCCUACCCCUACACCUUCUCUGUCACCAGGCCCUUGGCGUCGGAUGCCAAAGUGGUGUCUGUGGAGGUGAAUCAGCUCAGCUGCCCCCCGCCCUCGGGUGGAAGCAGUGCCCAGCCCGCGGCUGAGAGCGCUCCCCUGUCCAGCAGCGGCCUGGCUCUGCCCUCCAGCCAGGCUCUGCCCUCCAGCCAGGCUCUGCCCUCCAGCCAGGCUCUGCCGGCAGCACCAGCAGCAGGUGGGAGCGCCACUCCCUCCUCUGGCACCGCCGUGCAGGCCAGGGCCCCGGCAGCUCCCGAGCCACAUGCACCAGGGGCUGCCACUUCCCUGUCUCCUCUGAAGUCCCCUCCCCAGCUAGAGCGUGAGAUGGUCUCAUCCCCGGAGUGCACCGAGAUGCCCCUGGAUCUCUCCUCCAAGUCCAACCGCCAGAAGCUGCCUCCGCCCAGCCAGCGCAAGACCCCCCCCAUGCCCAUCCUCACCCCGGUGCACACCAGCGGCAAAGCGCUGCUCACCACCGUCCUCUCCAAGUCCCAGCGUGCAGCACAGGCCACGGGCAGCAGUGUCACCUCCUGCCUCGGAACCGCCCCGCCCUUGGUCAUCUUUCCCGAGUUCCUGCGCAACGGCGAGCAGGGCUCCUGGGUGAAGAACACCACGCUCAUCAGCACCAUUCCUGGCACUUACGUCGGCGUCGCCAACCCGGUGCCGGCCUCGCUGCUGCUCAGCAAGGAUGCCGGCGUGAGCCUCAGCAGGGACCCGCGCCACCUGCCCAAGCAGGAGCCCAUCUCCAUCAUCGACCAGGGCGAGCCCCGCGGCGCCGGCGUUCCCUGUGGGAAGAAAGCCAACCAGGUUGGCACAGAAGGGCAGCAGGAUCCUGCCAGGAGACCUCUUCACGGCAGAGCUGCUCCAGGAGCUCCCUUGUGUCAGUCCAAGGACAUCGCCACCUGGAAUCCCGUCCAGGGAAGUGUGUACCCGCGAUGCCCCGUCAAUGGAAAACCUUCCAAUCCUCAACUUCUGCCUCUGGGCUGGUCUCCGUACCAUCAAACCCCGCUGCUUUCCAUCGGCAUCUCCACGGCAGGACAGCUGCCCCUGAACCAGAGCAGCCCCUGCAAGCCAGCCGUGGCGGGCGAGCUGCCGGCGUUCCCGAGCGUGCAGCCCGCCGAGCCCAGCGCGGCCGCACAGAGCCUGCACGAGGGGCUGCCCCGGCUCCCGCCUCAGGAACACGAUGCUGCGGCCAAGAGCAAGAGCUGCCAGGCCUUGCCCAAGCCCUGCGAGGAGCCGGCCAACCCAGCACCGCUGGAGGCCGGUCCGGUUCUCCAGACCGGCGCCUUGGAUGGGAAAGGGGGGAAGGGGAAGCUGGACAACACUCCGAAGAGUCAGGAGUGCACUCGGCCAGAGGCUGACUCCGGUCAGGAGAGCAACGCACAGACUGAGGCUCCCCAGGGGAGCUGUAGCCUCAAACAGUCGGAUGCAAAACCCAAAAACCAAGUGUUAGCGGCGUAUCUGUCACACGACGUGCCAGCGGCUGGGCAGCAGGGCCUGCGGAUGGUGCCGGACGCGCCCGCGGAUGGGCAGCGCAAGGAGCCGGGCUGCGAGGGCUCCCAGGAGCCGCCGGCCACGGAGCACACACCGUGUGUGCAGCAGGUGGAUCUGUGCAGGGUCAAGAAGGAGCGAGUGGAGUGUGACGUGUCCUUUCCCUGCCUGCGGGCCGGGACGGCUCCCCAGGCCUUCCCCGAGGCCAAGCUCAAAGGAGCGGGGCAAAUCAAGCAGGAGGGUGGCACACGCUGCAAAGGCAAGCGGCAGCAUGAUGGGGACACCAGGCAGAGCCACAAGAGACUGAAGUGCCAAGGGCAGGACAGCGAGGAGUCCCCAAGCAAGUCGGGAAGCCGGGGCGUGCACGGCCGGAAGUGGCAAAAACACCACGACAAUCCACAUGAGCCUGGCAAGCAGGAAGGCCGGGAAGGCCGAGGCGGCCUGGGUGCCAGCACAGAUCACAACAGCCUCAGGGUAAAGCGCAAGCGUAGGAGGCCGGCGAAGACGGAGUGCCCAUCUCCGGCUCACCGCGGAGACGGCCACGAGGAAGGUUACUUGGAGAAGAAGCCCAAGAACAACUUUCGGGAUUUCAUUCCGGUGGUGCUGAGCAGCCGGACGCGCAGUCAGUCGGGAAGCAUUGCUGGCUCUUCCGCUGGUGUGACAGGAGAGUGUGAUGUGAGCGGUCAGGAGAUUUUACCAUUGCUGGAGGAGGAUCAGGAGGAAGAGGAGGAGGAGGAAGAGGAGGAGGAGGAGACAUCCUUGAAACAUUGCAAGCUGCGCAAAUCCCACAGGACAUCCCGCUGCCACAGCCGCAGGGACAGGGACAGGUCUGUGUCUGAGAGGAGCAGCUGUCACACGAGGAGGACCCGGGAGCUGACCUGGAGAGCAGAAUCACCCAGGCAGCUGUGGGAGCCCAACGAGGAGGAGGAGGAGGAGGAGGAGGAGGAUGGCCACAUCAAAAGGAAGAAAAGGAGACGGCAGAAAAGUCGGAAAUACCAGACGGGGGAAUACCUGACUGAGCGGGAGGAGGAGCAAGUGGGAUAUCCCCACCGGAGGCGGAAAUCCAAAGCAGAUUGCAGGCACCGUAAGCAGAAGGAGCAAGGGAAGGGCAAAGGCACAGAGCUACAGCUGAGGAGCAGGCUAUCCCCAUCCCCCCGGAAACCUCAAGGACGCACGGACUUUCGGAAUGGCUUCUUCCUGGAGCACUCCGACAGCUCUCCUGUCCAGGAAGAGCUGGAGAAACCAUCAGGAAAACGCAAAUGUAAAACCAAACACCUGGCAGGGAUCUGUGACGAGGGGAAGGGGAAAGGCUGCUGCAACCAGCCCAAAAUGUGCUCUCUGAAGAAGUCCCAGGACUUGUGGACACUUUGUAAGUCCCACCGGGCCAGCCCAGGGAGCUCCCCUGAGCUGCCCCCGGCCCAGAACGUUCCUCCCGGGGCUCGGCGGCUGAUUGUGAACAAGAACGCGGGGGAGACGCUCCUGCAGCGAGCAGCUCGCCUGGGCUACAAGGAUGUGGUGCUGUACUGCCUGCAGAAGAAGAGCAGCGACGUGAACCACCACGACAACGCGGGCUACACGGCCCUGCACGAGGCCUGCGCGCGCGGCUGGAUCGACAUCCUGCACAUCCUGCUCCAGCACGGCGCCAACGUCAACUGCAGCGCCCAGGAUGGCACCAGGCCUAUCCAUGAUGCAGUAGCGAAUGACAACCUGGAAACCAUGUGGCUUCUCCUUUCCUAUGGUGCUGAUCCCACUCUGGCCACAUACUCUGGGCAGACAGCAGUGAAGCUGGCCACCAGCGAUGUGAUGAAGCGCUUCCUCUGUGAUUACCUGUCAGACCUGCAGGGCCGCAGUGAUGGAGACCCUGGGACAGCCUGGGAUUUCUACAGCAGCUCCGUGCUCGAGGGGAAGGACAGCAUCGGCUGCGACCUGCUGCUCAACCCUCCAGGGAGCUCAGACCAGGAGGAAGAGGAGCAAGAAGCAGAUAACUUCAUGUUUGAGUUCUCAGACAAGCCACUGCUUCCCAGCUACAACCUCCAAGUGUCCGUCUCCCGGGGGCCCUGCAACUGGUUCCUGUUCUCUGAUGUGCUCAAGCGGCUGAAGCUGUCCUCCCGCAUAUUCCAGGCCCGCUUCCCGCACUUGGAGGUGGCCACGCUGCCCCGGGCAGAGUUCCAGCGCCAGGUGUCCCUGAGCCAGGUGCUGGCACAGGAGGAGGUGCCGGCAAGCCCCGAGCUGGCGCCGGGCACGGCAGAGACUGUGGAGCUGGUGCACUACGAGCCCGAGCUGCUGCAGCUGCUGGGCUCGGCGGUGGAGUACCAGGCCUGGAGCAGCUGACGGGGACAGGCCACUCCCGGCAUCACGAGGCAAUAAUAAGGACCAAGGGGAAGCAGCUCUCUCAGCGCCAGCAGCAGGGACCCGAGUCUUUGAGCAGCCGCUCCUCCUCUCCUCAGGGUCUCCGCCAGCUGGGGAGGGAGGACCCUCGCCUCCAAGGACUUCCCGAGGUCCCCCGGCCACGAGCAGUGGCGGUCGCUGCCGCCUCAUGCAGCUCCGGUGGGUGAUGGAGCCCCUGCUCAGAGGGGCUCAAUGGGGCAGCGAGGGGUGGGAGCCGCCGCCCCUCCCCACCGGACCCUACGGAACUGCGCCUCUCCGUUCGCCCUCCCCCUCCCAAUGUCUUCCAUAGUAUUUAUUUAAUUAGUAUUUAAUUUGUAAUGUUUUCUUUGUUUUUGCUGAGUCUGUAUCACUGUGAUGGUGAGCUCCGGGCUGUGGGAUGAGGCCGUCCCCGCCCCUCUCCAGCGUGCCCCGAGGCCGGCCAGGCCUGGGGUUCCCGUCCCUCCCCGGCCACAAGCCAGGGGACAGCCCCUUCCCUUGGCUUUGGAGCUGGCUCCCGCUGCCAGCGCUCAGCCGCAGCCGGGAGCCAGCCCCACUGCUCCAUCCUCUCCCGUGCUCCUUCCUCCAUCUCAUUCGUGCUGCUGCUCGCUGUCCCCGGCGGUGCCGCCGGGCAGGCGCAGCCCGCGGCCCCCAGCGCGUCCCCCGCUUCGGCAGCUUGUGCCCCGCUCCCGGAGCCGCUCCCGGAACCGCUCCGUGCCCGGAACCGCUCCCGGAACCGCUCCCGGAACCGCUCCGUGCCCCGCGCCCGCCGCUGUCCCGGGAGCCGCUCCGUGCGGGAGCCGCUCCGUGCGGGAGCCGCUCCGUGCGGGAGCCGCUCCGUGCGGGAGCCGCUCCGUGCGGGAGCCGCUCCGUGCGGGAGCCGCUCCGUGCGGGAGCCGCUCCGUGCGGGAGCCGCUCCGUGCGGGAGCCGCUCCGUGCGGGAGCGGGCGCGGGCUGCUCUGCCUCGGGGCCGGUACAGUUUUAUUGUACAGGUGCUAACAGGACUGAGGUCGGGACAAUCGGGGGAUUUCUGGCUCUCCCCGCUUGGCAGCGGGAGCCUUGGGUGAGUUUUUUUGUUGGUUCGUUUUUUCUUUGUGUUGUGUUUCUCCCCAGCCAGGGCAGGCGUUUCCCCCCUUGGAGCCCUGCUGCCAGCCUUCCCCCGGGGGCCCGGCAGCACUUUCUUUAAGCCAAGGGUUUUUUGCCUUUGGGUGUGUAUUCUGGUUGCUCUUUCUGAUUUCUGUUUUAUUAUAUGCAGCAACAGGCUGUGGUGUCAAAAACACUGAUGUACAGAAAAAACCUGCAUCAGGCUCCCUG